AUGGCUAGAACGACUCAACAAACAUUAACUACAGGUGCUGCCGGAGGUUUAGACGAACCUAUCAAAAAACACAAACCUAAAGAUACAAGAUUAAGGCAACAACGCCUUCCGGCUUGGCAGCCAAUUUUAGAUGCAAAAACAGUUAUUCCCGUUUUUAUUACAAUUAGCCUUCUUUUUAUACCGGUUGGAAUUGUUCUUAUAAUUACGAGCAAUUCUGAUGUUUAUUUUUAUUAUGAAUUGGAGAAUUAUUAUCAGAAUCAUAGACGGUAUAUGCGUAGUAGAAAUGAUCUUCAAAUGCUUGGACGUUUAGAUGAAGUUUCUGAUUGUUCUCCCUUUGACUACCUUGAUGGCACAAAAAUUGCACCAUGCGGGGCUAUAGCUAAUUCAAUGUUUAAUGAUACUUUUACUUUGAAAGAAAAAUAUACGGGAAGAACAAUCGAAUGGAGUUAUGAAGAAUUAAUUUGGCCAGCCGAUAGAACUAAAUUUAUUAAUCCAAAAUGUUCGAAUGGUGAUUGUCAAACAAUUAAUGAUUUGUGUGGAGUUUUUCAGGGGUAUUCAAAACCUCCCAAUUGGAUUAGACCUCCAUGUCAAUUAGAUACCCAAAAUGUUCAAAAUAGUGGAUUUCAAAAUGCUGAUUUUAUUAUUUGGAUGAGGACUGCUGCAUUUCCUGAUUUUAGAAAACCUUACAGAAAAUUGAAAGACCCUAAUUAUACGCAGGGACUUUUACGUGGAAAUUAUACUUUAGAAAUUGGAUAUAAUUAUAAUGUUAGUGCCUUUUCUGGUCGAAAAUCCUUUGUAAUUAGUACAACAAGUUGGUUAGGAGGAAAAAAUCCUUUUUUGGGUUUUGCAUAUAUUGCUGUCGGCAUUCUUUGUGCCAUUUUUGGUUUUGUAUUUAUUUUUAUACAUAUAAAAUAUGGACAUACUUUGAGAGAAAUGGCUGUUGUUGAAUUAAAAGAAGGAGAGGGUGCCCACUCACAUUCCCAAUGA